CCUUCCUCCUUCGCCCUUCCUUUCCUCCUUUAAAGUCACAUCAAGUCGGGGUUGAAUUUCGAGAGGGGAGUCCGAGGACCUGGGGCCUGAUUUCUCUUUCUCUCUCCACGCUGCUUCGGGUGUGUACAUGUGUGGCGGUGCCUGAGAGGCGGCACAGGGAAUGGCUACACCGUUCUAGUCCCGCCCUUGGCCUCCGUAGCACCCUUGAAAUGAUCAGCCAGCCCUAACCACUCCUUCCACAGAUGAUUCAAUUGGAGAAGUUUAGAGGAGUGGAAAGACUUGUCCCCUUCCCCCAGUCGCAAGCUUGGUCACAGAGUCGAUUGCCAAAUCAUGUAUCCAGACGCUCAGUCUAGGGCUCUUAGCCCUGGGUGGCCUUUUGAAAAGGUUGGUUAUCCUUAAGUAUUGAAGAGUGAUAAAGCCACUUACCUACUUAAAAGAAUAUGCCCUGAAAUGCGUUUUCUGUGCCACUGACACCAGAAAUGCUAUUUAGAAGUUAUCCUGAGAAAGGAUGCUUCCUGCAGCUCAUAUCAGGCUAGAGGUGCUUUUAUAUUUUUCAUUGAAUUACUCUGUUUCGGUGAAUCCAAUGAAUCAUCACUUCAUUUCUUUGUCUUCAAAUGUCAGAGGGCACUUAAAAUCUUAAAAAGGAGAUAAGUUUAAACAGGUGGUUUGAUGAUAAGGUAUAAAUUAAAAUUAUGGAACAUCUUCCCUGUGCUCAUUAGCAGCUCAUAUCAAGCACCCAAAGGAACACCUUGGAUGUUUUUCCUUAGGCCCUUAAGCUUUUUAAAAGAAUAUCUCCUAGGUGUGUUGUGGUCUGUUACAGGAAUGUGCUUCUGAUCAUCUGAAUCUUAAUCAUGUCCAACUGCCUGCAAAAUUUCCUGAAAAUUACAAGCACUCAUCUUCUGUGUUCAAGAUUAUGCCAGCAGUUAACAAGAAGUAAAAGGAAGUUUUUCGGAACUGUGCCAAUAUCCAGAUUGCAUAGGCGAGUUGUCAUUACAGGCAUUGGCUUAGUGACUCCUCUUGGUGUUGGAGCUCACCUGGUUUGGGAUCGUCUUAUGCGAGGAGAGAGUGGAAUUGUUUCACUGAUAGGUGAAGAGUAUAAGAGUCUCCCUUGCAGUGUUGCUGCUUAUGUGCCAAGAGGUUGUGAUGAAGGUCAGUUCAAUGAACAAAACUUUGUGUCCAAAUCAGAUAUCAAGUCCAUGUCUUCUCCCACCAUCAUGGCUAUGGGGGCUGCAGAAUUAGCCAUGAAGGAUUCCGGCUGGCAUCCUCAGUCAGAAGCUGAUCAAGUGGCUACUGGUGUUGCAAUUGGCAUGGGAAUGAUUCCUCUUGAAGUUGUUUCUGAAACUGCUUUGAAUUUUCAGACAAAAGGUUACAAUAAAGUUAGCCCAUUUUUUGUCCCUAAGAUUCUAGUCAACAUGGCAGCAGGCCAGGUUAGCAUUCGAUAUAAACUCAAGGGCCCCAAUCAUGCGGUGUCCACAGCCUGUACCACAGGAGCUCAUGCUGUGGGAGACUCUUUCAGAUUUGUAGCCCGUGGUGAUGCUGAUGUGAUGGUGGCUGGAGGUACAGAUUCUUGUAUUAGCCCUUUAUCUCUUGCUGGGUUUUCCAGAGCCCGGGCUCUGAGCACAAACUCAGAUCCCAAGUUGGCAUGUCGACCAUUUCAUCCAAAGAGAGAUGGUUUUGUAAUGGGAGAAGGUGCAGCUGUGCUGGUGCUGGAAGAAUAUGAACAUGCUAUUCAAAGAAGAGCCCGGAUCUAUGCAGAAGUUUUGGGCUAUGGACUCUCAGGUGACGCUGGUCACAUAACUGCCCCUGAUCCUGAAGGAGAAGGUGCCUUAAGGUGUAUGGCUGCUGCUUUAAAAGAUGCAGGUGUACAACCUGAAGAGAUAUCCUAUAUCAAUGCACAUGCUACUUCCACACCAUUGGGAGAUGCUGCUGAAAACAAAGCUAUCAAACAUCUCUUCAAAGACCAUGCAUAUGCCCUUGCAGUUUCCUCAACUAAGGGAGCAACAGGACAUCUGCUGGGAGCUGCAGGGGCGGUCGAGGCAGCUUUUACCACACUAGCUUGUUAUUAUCAAAAACUACCACCUACUUUAAACCUGGAUUGUACAGAACCAGAAUUUGAUCUCAACUAUGUUCCACUAAAGGCACAGGAUUGGAAAAGUGAGAAAAGAUUUAUUGGGCUCAGCAAUUCCUUUGGUUUUGGUGGUACUAAUGCAACACUUUGUAUUGCUGGAAUGUAGAACAAAUCAUUUAUAAUUAAAUAUUGAUUUUUAAAUGUUA